AUGACAUUCGAAAUAUACAUUCCCUCCUCCCUCACCUUCCAGGAUUACAUCGCCAUCUGCCAAUGUGCGCGCACAUUUGCUGAUGGGUAUGAUCGCAAGGAUAAAACCCGCCUCCGCGCCGCCCUCGCCCCCACCGUCAUAGUCGACUACAACAAAGUCCUUCCCCACGUCACCCGGGAGACCUACGAAGCCGACGACUUUGUGGAGAAAUGGCUGAACCCAACAAACCUCGGCAACAAGGCUCUGGCGACGCAGCAUCUCCUCGGAGCACCAUACUUCAAGUUCGCAUCGGAGGAGAAAAUCGUCGUACAAUGGCAGCAACUAGCGAGCCACGGACGGUGGGUUGAAGGCCAGGAUAAGACACGCCCUGUUCUGUGCAAGAUCGAUGAAACGUCAGAUGGGAGGAGCUGGAUGCAGCAGACGUAUGUUAAGGUGGAUGGGCAGUGGCGAAUUCAGGUGCUUGAGCCGGAGGUUUUAUACCAUACGGGGGAUUUUCAGAAGAUUAGACGGCCGGAUGAGAAGGAUGCGUAG